AUGGGCUGGGGGGCUUGGUGUCUACAGGUGAAGGCGCCAGCAGCAGCAACGACCGAGCACGAUGACCGAGCACGACAGCGGCGGAUAGCAGGAGCUUGGAGCGCUCCAGCAGGAAGCAGUGCCUCAGCAGCGAGCAUGUGA